AUGCAGCCGGUCAUUUUGUCCAUGGAAGUGGACGAUGAUGAUUCUUUUGAAAGUGAAUACAGACUGCGCAUUGAAAACCAAGUCAAAUAUCUCAUCAUAUCUCCCGGAACCUUUGAUAGAGAUACGCUUUCAUUCCCUAUUCAGUCCCUGCCGAAUCUUCCUUACAACGAGGAAUGGACUGUGGCUCGUAUCUCGCGAGACGAAUCUAGCGGCAAUAUUGAAACCUCUUUCUCGAACCGAACACUAGCUGGCGUCAAGUGUCAAUGGCAUCACACUCUAGUUAAUUGUCUAGAGUUGGAAAAGACCAGACAGCUCACGGCAAUGGCUUUAGAAGCCGUCUCACAUUCGCUUCUUCCAAUCACCUUGCUAUCACCAGCAACUAUAAUCGCCAAAAUAGCACGGUUCGAAUGGGAGAUUCCUCGUAUCGAACAGGAAACAAGAGCAUAUCAGUUGCUUGAAGGUUCCGGGCUGACCCCACGCUUCCUCGGCCAUAUCCACGAGAAUGGGCGCAUUAUGGGGCUUCUGUUAGAGAAGAUCGAGGGACGUCCUGCUUCCUUUCAAGAUUUGAGCAUAUGCCAAGCAGCUCUAGAGAAACUACACGGAUUGGGACUUGUACAUGGGGACGUGAACCGAUACAAUUUUCUCGUCACGGAAGGAGGGGUAAAAUUAGUCGACUUCGAGUCCCUUCUGGAAAAUGCUAGCCCGGAGUCAAUGCGCAAGGAGUUGAAUAAUGUACGUGUGGAAUUGGCUGAGGAGUCAGGACGCGGCGGAGGUUUCAUUUUCCAUGGCGAUAGCAUAGGAAAUUGA